CCAACCCUCGCGCGCGCAUGACCACCUCCGGAGACUCGCCACGGCCUCGGAGCACCACUUCCUCGAGCCGGAGGAAGGGAGGGGGGAGAAGCUCUGCUUAGCCCCGGCCCCGCCCCUCCCUUCCCCUCCGGCUCCGGGCUCCAGGCUCCUUUCGACUCCGCUGCUGGGCGAGCGCAAAAGUUCGACCUUCCCCGCCAGCCUGGGCGGCACGAGGGCGCCGGCGGAGACGGGCAGCGAUGCGCGCGCGGCCAGUCGGCGCUGAGCUCUGCGCGCGCGGCGCUCCGAGGGAGCCUCGAGGCGACCCGGCGGGAGGGCUGAGGUCGGCGCAGACAUGGAGACCGCCAAGAGCAGGAGGAGCCCGACCCUGAAAGCUUCACAAGGAUGCAGCAUUGAUCCAAAGGCAGCUGUUGAGCUGGAGGAGAUUUGUUGCUCCCAUUCAGAUCUUGCCAGAACUGCUGAGUUCAACAUAACAAUGUCUUUGGGUCACUUAGCCAAGGGAGCCAGCCUAGAUGACCUUAUUGAUACUUGUAUUCAUUCUUUCGAUUCAGAAGGAAACCUGCUUAAAAACUCCCAACUGCUGAAGGUAACACUGAGCAUGCACCGGCUUAUUAUCUCCUCCACUGAGAUGCUGCGAAAACUUAUUGAUCUAUAUCUGGAUGCUCUGGAAAAUAAUUCUUCUGUGCUUUGCUAUAAAAUAUGUUACCUUGUAAGGUAUUGGAUAAGAGAAUUCUGGGUCAUGUUCAAAACAGAUUCCAAUCUUACAAACGCCAUGGAGGAAUUUCAAGAAUUGGUGAGAGUUAACGGUGAGGAGUUGCACUGUCGCCUAAUUGACACAUCUCAAAUAAAUGCCCGAGAGUGGUCCAGAAAGAUCACGCAGCGGAUAAAAUCUAACAGCAGUAAGAAACGAAAAGUGUCACUACUCUUUGAUCACUUGGAACCAGAGGAGUUGUCAGACCACCUCACUUACCUUGAAUUCAAAUCCUUCCGACGGAUAUCACUUCCAGAUUAUCAGAACUACAUCAUGAAUGGCUGUGUGAAGGACAAUCCAACCAUGGAACGCUCAAUUGCUCUUUGUAACGGUAUCUCCCAGUGGGUGCAGCUAAUGGUACUCAAUAGGCCGACACCGCAGCUUCGAGCUGAAGUAUUCAUCAAAUUCAUUCAUGUGGCCCAGAAACUUCAUCAGUUGCAGAAUUUCAAUACAUUAAUGGCUGUGAUAGGUGGCCUUUGCCAUAGUUCCAUCUCUAGACUUAAAGAAACAAGUUCUCAUGUUCCUCAUGAUAUUCAUAAGGUGUUUAAUGAAAUGACAGAACUGCUAUCAUCUUGUAGGAACUAUGAUAAUUAUCGACGUGCUUACAGCGAGUGCAGUAACUUUAAGAUCCCUAUCCUUGGAGUACAUCUAAAAGACUUGAUCUCCCUUUAUGAGGCCAUGCCAGAUUACUUGGAAGACAAAAAAGUUAAUAUACAUAAAUUGUAUUCUUUGUAUAAUCAUGUCAAUGAACUGAUACAGCUGCAAGAGAUAGGCCCUCCCCUGGAAGCUAACAAGGAUCUUGUUCAUCUCCUCACACUGUCCCUUGAUCUUUACUACACGGAAGAUGAAAUCUAUGAACUUUCAUAUGCACGAGAGCCAAAAAGUCACCGGGCUGCACCUUUGACGCCUUCUAAACCGCCAGUAGUAGCAGACUGGGCCUCUGGUGUAGCCCCAAAACCUGACCCAAAGAUCAUUAGCAAACACGUUCAGAGAAUGGUAGAUUCUGUUUUCAAAAAUUACGACCAUGAUCUGGAUGGGUACAUUUCUCAGGAAGAAUUUGAGAAGAUUGCAGCAAGCUUUCCUUUCUCAUUUUGUGUAAUGGACAAGGACAGGGAAGGUCUGAUUAGCAGGGAUGAAAUCACAGCUUACUUCAUGAGGGCCAGCUCAAUCUAUUCUAAACUAGGCCUUGGCUUCGCCCACAACUUCCAAGAGACCACUUACCUGAAGCCUACGUUCUGUGACAACUGCGCUGGAUUUCUCUGGGGAGUUAUUAAACAAGGAUAUAGAUGCAAAGAUUGUGGAAUGAACUGCCACAAGCAAUGCAAAGAUCUGGUUGUAUUCGAAUGCAAGAGAAGAGCCAAAGUCCCAGCAGUAGACAACAGCCCUGCUUCAGCCCUUGCAUCUAGUCUUUGUCCCAUGGGGCUCAAAGAACACAUGCAUGGUCUGGAGGAGGGAGGAUUUCCAUUUCCUAACGGAGAAGUUGUGGAGCACAGUGAAGGGAGCAAAGAUAGAACUAUUAUGCUUAUGGGGGUGUCAGCUCAGAAGAUCUCAGUGAGGCUAAAGCCAUCUGUGGUACACAAGAGUACACAAACUGACUUAGUGGUGGCACCUAGUGAUGGGCUCCCCAGGCAACAGAGAGAGCCAGGAACGCUACCUGAAAACACACUUCUGCAGCCUACUCCACUGUCGCCGUGUCCCAGCCCGGUUCUUAGUCGUAAAAAGGCGUAUGUGAAAUGGGAAAACAAGGACUGCAGUCAAAAAGCAAAGCAGGAGCCCUGUGCUCUAAAACCCACAUACCAGGAAUUAGAGCAGGAGAGAAACAUCCUUACAACAGAGAAUGAAGCUUUGAAGCUACGGCUUAAACAGGCACAUAAGAAGAUUGAAUUCCUCAGCAUUCGAAGAAACCACAUAUUGGACAGCAGGGAACACGGAGACUGCUUGUAGCCAGGAAGACAGUAAAGGCAAUGGGACCUUUGAGGGCGAUGCAUUCAAACGUAUGCAGAGCGGCAGGUUUUUAAACAGCGGUAUUCCUGUUCAGUCUUCCCUGUCCUGCCUGAUAUUAGUACUUGUGGGCAUAUGCAUGCCUUGUCAACAGGUUUCAGACAGUUUGCCCUUUGUUUGGCGGAAAUGACGGCAUUUGGAAUUAUGGCAAGAGUUACUCUUGCUGCCUUCAUAACAAGGGGUGGAAUUCAGUGUAGCUCUCAGUGUGCAUGGCGAACAAGGUUGACACACACAAAGGUCCCGAAAUCUGCUCAUGGACCACUGGCACACCCUCCCCCAAAACAAAUCUGCUCCAGAAUAUCUCACAAGCAUUUGGAGCAGAUUUUGAGGGCAUGAGGCCAGGGGUGGGGUGGGGGGGGCUGACCACAGGCAGUAGGAAAGGAAGAGGGGAAGUGUUAUUGUUUGCACAGGCGCCUGUUAUGCGAAUGACACUGCAGUGCUGGAUACACCCCCUACCUCUACAGCCAACCUUGCUGCCCUUGGAGGGUUGGCAUAAUUAAGAUUAAUAAUUCAAAACUGUAGCCCUGCACAAUCAAUACGUAUUCGUUAGACCUGUGGACAAAUAGCAUUAGAGAUGCUAAAAGCUGCUUUGUGUUGUCUUGCGAAAAUCACUUUAGAUUUCCAUCUUAUCAUGAUUCUAGAACUGACACAUAAAUGAUGCACUGUAAAAUAUGGUAUCAGACACUUGUGACCCUUUCUGUAGUUUGUGUUAAUAUUUAUUCACAACUUCUGGUUAAAUCUCUGGCUUCAAAUUGAAUCUAUAAUUUAUUUUUUACAAGAAUGACAUUAUGAUGUGCCCAGAAAUGGUGGUGUUUGUACUUUGUGUUCCACUGUGUAUGCUUACUCCUUUUGGAGUAAUUUCAUGGUUAAAUAACUUUUUUUGUACUUUCACUUACGAAGCCUAGAGUAAGAGGCUUGUAAGAUUAUUUAUGUGAGCAGCUUCUGUAAUGUAAAUUUGUGAGUUGAAGGAACUAGCACCUGUUCUUAUUGUUAGCUGAUCUGAUAAAGUAACUACACUUUACAAACUGUACAUAUAUAUGUAAUAUUUAAAAUUGACCAAGCAUGAUUUUCUAAAACCUAUGUGAACUGUGUUGAUUCUUAGAAGCUAUACACUAAACAAGAACAAUCUAGGGAACAUAGAAAUGAAAAGCUAAACUGACACAUCUGGCAAGUUUGCUUUUUCCUUUGCAAACAUUUGCCCUCCUUCAGCAGUCUACUCACAGGCAGCCGUUUUCUUUCUGGGCAAACCUACAAAGUAUCCAGUCAAAACUAGUAUUAGACUAGUUGGUCUACUCGUAACACACACAUUUCCCUUCCUCCUUGUCAUCUGAGCACUGAUGGCAGUGGUUUCCACAGUUGCAAUGAAGUGUUCUCUGGGGCAGGCUUUGUUUUCUGCCCCAAAACAUGGAGAGGACACCCCCCUAAACCCUAUGUGACAGUAGGAUUUCACCUUAAACUUUCUGUAAGAAUCUUUGAAUGUUUAUGGAGUGGUUAACUGAGCCAUAGGACUUGGAUUCCAUUUUGUCUCACACAUUGUUUUACCAUCUGCAUGGCAAUGGUGUGAGGUUUUGCAUGACAGUGUCAUUAGUAGGCAAGUGGUACCUGAUUAUAGCUUACCUUCUCAAAUCCCAGUGAGGCAGUCAAAAUUCUUAAUGGGUGCUUAGAGUGAGUUAUGAGAUUGAGGAAGGUUGAUAAUCAGUUUGUUUAAGACAAGCAUGUUAAUUAUUAGUAAAUAUGGUAGUAGAUAGGAGCACCUGCCCUGGGUAAGAUGCUGCUUGGAAAUACUACCUGGGCCCACGUGAGCAGUGAUGAGUAGGAGUGCAUUUUUCAAGUUACACGUGGGGCACUAGUUGUACCCUUUCCCAGGAAACUAAGACCUUGCCCUCAACAUGCAUGUAUUGGUAAACCUAGAUUUGAUUAGCAUAAUGGGGAAAUGCCGCUGAGGACUGUGUGGAAAGCUCAGUUUGUCCUGAGUGCAGCAGACCAAGCUAUUAAUAAGAAAUAGUAAGAAGCAGCAAAUUACAUUGGCCCUAAAAGAGCUACAUUUGGACUGGUUUGCUAAUUAAUUUGUGGGCAGAUUUCAGAGAACUGGUACUGACUUGUAAAGGCCUAAAUGACUUAUUAUCUGAAGGAAGCCCUUCACAUCCCGUAUGAUCCAAUGAGGCUCUCUCUGCUAAGAAUGCCACAGCUAUCUGAGGUAUAAACAGGGUGUGACUCAGACGACAGUCUUUUCAGUGGCAACUCUUCCCAGAGAGCCACCUCUGUUACUAUUCUGAAGAGCAUUUGAUAUAGUUGCCUUUCUGAGUUGGGCUGAAAUUUAACCUCUGUGAACGAUUGGUUUUUAUGAUUCUGCACUGCUUCGUCAUUCAGUAUUUUUAUAUUGACUCAGGAUAUUUGGCUAGACCAGAGUACAUAAAAUAAAUGAAGGUCAUAAUUCUGGGGACAGUUGCACGACAAUGAGCCUUGUGGAGCUCACUGGGAUUUAUCUUGGGGUGAACUCCCAUAAGCUUAUGCUGUAGUUUUAUCCUCUCAAGCAGCUGCAUGCGUGGUUUGUGGCAAGGCUUUGGUGCCACAAGCACAGUUCUGUUAACAAGUACGGUUUUGUCAAGGAAACAUGAGUAUGGGUGAUCUCCAGUGCAAGCAAGUGCAUGUAUUACUGCUCUAGCACACGCAUGGCAGCCAUUUCGAACUUUUUGAAAGACAGUAUCUGGACAUUCAGCUGUCCGUGGGUGGUAUUGACCUAGCUCACCGUCUUUCCAUCAGCAUUCUUUGUGCCAAAUACACAAGUCAAAGCAACGCAAACUUGGCACCUUGUUAGGCCUGUUGUCUUAUAUUUAUGCCAGUCACCUCUCAUUUACUGUUGUCCAAACAAGAUGAAAAUAGUAAAAUAAAAAAAAGUAUUAGGAAUACGUUAUAACACCAAUUGUGUGCUAUUUUUCUUUAAAUAAAUUGCUUUCAUUGACCGUGAUAUAUGUGAAACUAUGACAAUCAAAGAAACUGAUCUAUAAAAUGUACAGGCUAUAAAGGUUGGCUAAAGUGCAAUUUUUUUGUUUGAUAUUUAUUAAAAUUAAGUUACACAGUAA